AAGCCAUUCGUGUCGGUUUUUUGCUCAAACUGCUUCGUUUUAAAUACUUUGAAACAUAUUUAAAGCCACAUCGGGAUGCGUCUCCUUGUGAUUAAAAUACAAUCCUUCGUAUGGUGUGCACCUGCGAUCUGCAAAACGGAUGUUCCCAUCUGCAGUGCAAAUAACACUAAAACGCCCCUGCUCAUGGUGGGCGUGUCUAUAGAGAUUGUCAUCCUCCAAUAGCAACGCAAGGAUGCUGUAAUUUCAAGAUGGCUGCCGAUGGCGGACUGCAGCACAACUGAUGCUAUACGGUCAAUUUCAGGACCUACUUUGCCGAUGUUUCAUUCAGUAAGAGUUUAGAACCGAAUCGAAGUGGAUGUGUGAAUGAAGGGUUGAAACGGUUUUCCAUUGCUCACAAAGAACUUGCAUUAAUGCUGUGCGGCUUAAUGUACUUGAGGCAAAAAUAGUGCGGUGAUUCAGGGCAAAAAGGACUGUUCCGGUUGCAAGGCAGCUGUUUUGCGUGUGGAUAAAGGACACUUUGAUCGUUUAAAGGUGGUUACGAACAAUUAUAAACUCUGUGUUUUAAUGUGAUUUUAACCUCUUGCGGAAGUACGUGUCAAAUGCUUUCGUUAAGGAUAAUUUUACACUGUUAGUUCUAGGUGCGAACUAAAUUAUGUACAACUAAAUGCAACUUUAAAUGGUUUAUCAGAUGAAGGACCCGAUGGAACUAUCCUCGUGUGCGGUAGGUGUACGUAAACCCCGCACAAAAGGCACCCAAAUUUGCGCUCCAAACCAUGACCAUCUGCCCGCCGGUCAACCACCAGUGUACGGUAGUGUCGGUCCGGUCAGACAGCGCAAGCAGCAGCAAGAUCCGACGGUGCAGACGGAAUUUUCAAACCUUACGCGCGAGGAACGGCGUAGAAGGCGGCGGGCCACACUCAAGUACCGUACGGCACAUGCGACCCGGGAAAGAAUUCGGGUCGAAGCGUUUAAUGUGGCAUUUUCCGAGCUGAGAAAGUUGCUGCCAACGUUACCACCGGACAAGAAGCUGUCCAAGAUCGAGAUACUGAAGCUGGCGAUCUGUUACAUUUCCUAUCUGAAUCAUGUGCUGGACGCUUGAUUUUGCUUUUGUUAUGUUGAUUCUAAGUUGCGGUACAUAAUUUAUUGAUCUCUAUAAAAAAAAACACGAAGGAACAAAAACGAAACCCCGUGCGUGUGAGUGUGUGACGAAUUGGAAAGAAAUCAAAGGUAAAAAAUAGUAACAAUUUGUGUGAUUUAGAUAAGGAACGUGUCAUAAAAUAUUUAUGGAAUGAUCUACCUUACAUGGAAAUGUUGCUAAUGUUCGAGAUAAUGUCCCUGCAUCAGUGAAAAUGGGGUCGAUCUUUAUGGUGAUUUUCAGACGCAAUUAUUGCAAGUUAUGCGUGAGAAAUAUGAUUUAAAAUAAGGUGGCCGUGAUCGCUAGAAUCGCUAGCUCCAGGUAUUUAUGGCCCAGCGCAGUG